GAUUGCAGCCAGUCAGUCAGUCGAGUGUGUGUGUGUUUUCUUAAUUUCCCUACAAUAAUAUUAAAUUUUUUGGUUUAGAAAUUGCAAGAUAUUUCAAUAAAAUUCGAGAUAAAAAUUAGUUUACACAUAACAAAAUACUUAAAAACAAAAAUUUAAUAAAACGUGCUUAAAGAGAAAAAAUAAAUACGUAGAACGAAGGUGCUUUUCCUUGUGACGACAUUGACACAUAAUUAUUAUUAAUCAUACAUCAAACGAGAAAGAUUGUUGUUAUUGCUAUUGUUGUUCCUAAUUCAAUUACAAAAAAACACUAAUGUGGAGCAGCUAAAAUAUUUUUUGAAAAACAAAAUUAAAAAGAGGAAGAUUAUUUUAAAAGAAAUAAUAAAGAAAAUAUCAAAGAGUGACCAUCCAUAUUAAAAAUAACAAAAUAAUAAUUAUUUCGUCAUUGCUAUUUUCGUCAAUUGAACAUAAAAAAAAUAACAAAAACACAACAGCAAAACAACAAUAAAAACACAUUGAGAGUUUAAAAGACUGAGAAAGAAGAGAACUGAGUAGGAUUGUGAUUACGUGCUCUGGCCUGAAGAAGAAUAAUUAUUGUAACAACACAAGAAAUUAUUAUUUAAUAAAAUCAUAUUAAAAGCAAAACAAUUUACAAUAUUACAUCAAAACAAAGUUUGCUAGUAACCGCAUAACAAUCCAUUCAACCAUGGCCCAGGCAACAGCAACAACUACAGCUGCCACCACCAACACUGCUGAGGAGGUGUCAUCAUCACCAUUGGCUGGUUUCGAUAUGGAUGAUAUAAAACAUUGUUUUGAAAAUCUAAUUGUUAUCGAUGCAGGCGCAAAUCUUACUAAUAAGAAAUAUAGUCGUGACCUGGACUCGGUGAUACAAAGAGCAAAAGAUGCCGGUGUCCAAAAACUUAUGGUACCCGGUACUUCUGUAAAAUCAAGCAAGGAAGCCCUUCGUCUCUCCCGCAUUUAUCCCGAUUUUAUUUACUCGACUGCUGGCAUACAUCCACACGAUUCUAAAUCAAUCAUCGAAGAUCCUAGUAGUUGGUUUGAAUUUCAAGAAAUUGCCGCCUCCCAAGAGUGCGUAGCAAUUGGUCCCUGUGGCUUGGAUUAUCAGAGAGAUUUCUCUGAUCCCGAAAGUCAAAAGGAAAUAUUUGAAAAACAACUACUAUUGGCUUGUAAUUUGGGCAAAUCGAUUUUGAUACACGAACGUUCAGCCCAACAAGAUGUACUCGAUAUAUUAGACAAAUUCGAGAACUUGCCACCGGUGAUUAUUAGAAGUUUUAUGGGCACUGCUGAGGAAGCCAUUAAAUAUUUGGACAGAAGGUUCUAUAUUAGUUUAACUGGUUAUUUAUGUAAGGACAAAUCAGAUACCGGCGUACGACGUCUACUCGACAAUGGAACCUUACCUUUAGAUCGUUUAUUGGUUGAAACCGAUUCACCUUUCAUGUAUCCCAAUACCAGAGCUUCAAAGCUACCACAACACGUUAAGACUGGCAUCACAGAACGUUCUCUAUUGUACUUACACAGAUAUUGUACAUUUCAACGUAAUGAACCCUGUAGUUUACCCGCCAUUGUGGAAAUGAUAGCUGCCUUUAUGAAAAAGACCCCAGAUGAAGUAGCUCUGGCUACGGCUUUCAAUGCUUUAAAACUUUUUGGUCUUUCUUAAAUUACUUUAUAAGGCAGCAUUUGAAGUUCAAGAAAGUGGUGAUGUAAAGAAGGUGAUGCUAAGUUUUUUUUAUACUUUAUUUUCUUUUUAAAUAAGUGCCAAAAACACACACACAUUUAUAACGACAACAACAACUUUUACACUAAUUAACACUAUUAUGAAAUGUUUUUUGUUUUUUGAAAUUGCUUAGCAAAAUUGUAAAAAAAAACAAAACGCAAUACGAUUUAAAAUCUUUAAAAAAGAAAAAAAAACAGACAAAAAAAUCGAGACUAAACAAGUGCCUUAAGAGAAACAGUGAAAUCAAACAUAAAAAUUAUAAUAUAAUAAUAAAACAACUACCACUUUUUACAAAAAACAAAUGAAAUUUUAAACUUUAAGUUUGAACUUCAAAAAAAAAAAAAAGAAAAAGAAAAAUGAAACGACGUCUUAUUAAAUAUAUAUAAAAAUAAUAAUAUAAUACAGCAACUACUACCACUUUUUACAAAAAACAAAUGAAAUUUUAAACUUUAAGUUUGAACUUCAAAAAAAAAGAAAAAUGAAACGACGUCUUAUUAAAGUGUGAACAAAGAAAGUUUUUAUCUUUUUAAGACGAUAAUUAUUUAAUUUUUAAGUGCUUUAACUGAAAAAACAAAACAAACAAUAAAUUUAUCAAUUAACAGCAAUGAGUUUUUAAAAGUGAAUAAAUACCUAAAGAAUUUUUGCUUUUAAUUGAUAAACAAAACUGAAAUUUUGUUUGGGUACAUUUUUCAUGUCAUUGAGGAAUCGUAUUUUGGGGAGGAUUUUUAUAUAAAACAAAAAGAUACACAAAUUUCAAGAGCAGCUAAUAUAGAACAAUAAUUUAAUUUACUUUUCUUAAAAGAAAGAAAUGGAGGAUAAUGUUUACUUGAGAAUGCAAUGUAAUUAAAGUGAAAGAAACUUGUUUGAAAAUCAUCAAUGAAUAUUUUGAAUAAUCUGAUUUUUUUUUAAUACAAAUUUUGAACUGUUGAUAUAUUAAUCAAUAAAUUAAGAUUUGUUUAUUCAAAGUUUAACAUUAACAGCAAAUAUAACUGUCAAAAAGAAAACUCCAAACAUGUUUCCCCCCCUAACAAUGGGCUCUUCUCUCCUCUUCUCAAUGCCUUGAAAAUGUACCCAACAUUAACAAUUUCAAUAAAAAAUAAUCGAAUUUCUUUUUUAUUUUAAAAUAUUUAUACAUUUAAGUUAGUUUAAUUUAGUUUAGCAAAACAUGUUUUAAAAGUUAUACUAUACCAUGGUAAACAGGUCUUGUCUUUAAAACUCAACCAUGGCAUGGUAUAUUUUUAAAACACCAACUAUCGCUAACGAAAGCGUUUGCUUUAUUGUAUGCUAAUUAGCAUAAAAAAUCAAACAAUAUUUACUAUUGUUUAACAAACAGUGCUGCAGCUUGUUUUAAUAUUUCUUUAGCCUCUUUUUUUACAUUUUAUAAAUAACUUUUAAAUAUAAAAGAUUUUAUAAACUAUUUUUUUAUAUAUUUAUGAUGCCAAUUUCAUUUAUACACUAUUAUUUUUUUAUAUAAACAAUUAUUUAUGUAAAUAGUUUAAUACAGUUUUUAAGUUUCAUUAAACAUUUUUUAGUUUUUACUAUUUUUUAUAUUCAUUUAUUGUUAUUAUUGUGUUCUAUAUUAGUCGGAGUUUAAUAAAAUAAUUAAGAGCUUAUACUAACCGUUAUGUAAUCAUUAUAUUGAAAAAAAAAGUAAACAAAAAAAUAUGUCUAGUGCUAUAAAUGAAAACAAACAUAUAUUUUUUUAUAUAUUAAAGAAAAGUGAAACUAAACUUGAAGAGUUAUUGCUUAAACUACAUUAUUUUAGUUUUAUAAGUUACUCAUUGAUAUCAUGCCGCAUGAUUGAUAUGCAAAUUGUGAUCAUUACCUAAAGAAAAAACUGAAAUUAAAAAAAAAAAAAAAAAAACAAAUAAUGCUAUUUAUUUUUUUUUCUUUUAAGACUUUCUUCAUUUUAUACCUGCACAUUAUUUUAGUUCACUCAUUUUUCAUUUGCAUACCCCUCCCUCUCCUACUCAACCACUAAUAAAUAAACCUUAUUAUAAAGUAGUUUGUAAUAAAUACAGAAAUUAUAAUAUUUUUUAUAUUUAUAUUUAAUUUUUUUGUUUGUUAUAUAUUUUAUAUUUAUUAAGUCAUAUACCUAAUCUUUCAUAUACAUAUAUAAAUUAUUUUCAAUCGGAAAUUAUCAUUUCUGUUUUGAAUUUAAUUUAGAAAAAAGUCUUCUUGAAUUGUGUUAACUAUAAAGAACCAUGUAAUGUAAAUUUAAGGACUUUGUUACUGUGAAUGAAAAAUUUUGAAAUAAAACAUUGUGUCCUUAUGGAAAAAUUUA